AUGGAUUUUCCUAUGGUCCCGACGUCGGCGGAGACGGUGACCCAAGACUGGAUCGCUCGGGUCGUCGCUGAUGAAUUCAAAACCGAGCCGACGAACUUAUUGAUCAGAGAAUGGAAUGUCACUCCAGGUGCUUUGCGAACAGACGGUUUCUUGAGCAGAAUGCAGAGAAUCAGUGUCACUGCGAGGAAGAAGAAGGAUGCGAAUGACACAGAAGGAGAUUCGGACUCGGAGAAACGAUUCAGUUUAUUAGCCAAGCUGUAUCCUCCGGGAGAAUUGCACAAAAAACUCGUGAGAAAUAUGAGGGCUUUCGAGCGAGAAAUCCACGUGUUACACGACUACACGAACCUGGUCCUUGAACAGCAAGUCGUUGAGCCAAAAAUUCGUCCUUCAUUUGCAAAGCUGUUCUUCCAGGAAAUUGGUCUGGAAGCGUCUUGCCUAGUGAUGGAAGACCUGAAGGAAAUCGGCUUCCGAAUGAACGACAAGCGAUUGGGCAUGGAUUUGGCACAUGCCACCCUGUGUGUUCGGGCAGAGGCAGUUUAUGCUGCCACUGGGUUCAAUGCGAAGCAACGCAUGGGCAACGAACAGUAUUUGCUGCGAAACGCGCCGUUGCUUUUGGAGGUGUUUAGCAAGAAUUUUGAACAAAUGAUGGACAACGCGAUUUUUCCCGGAACAAUCACUUUCGCUAAAGGUCAAAAUAGGCCGGAUUUGGUGCAACGUUUGGAAGAUUACGUCAAGAGGGUGAAGUCUCCGUUCGUCAGAUUAAUGGCUGGGAUCCACAGACACGGUGAAUUAACUGUAAUGAGUCACGGUGAUUGCUGGAACAAUAACUACAUGUUCCGGUACGAAAAAAACGAAAAAGGAAAAGAGGUUCCGGUUGAAGUGAAGAUAUUGGACCUUCAAAUCAGCAGGUACACUCACAUUACCGGAGACCUGGCAUCGGUUCUACUAGCAAAUGUGCCAAACGAAGUCAGGAAAAACUGCUUGAACCACCUGUUGCUUGAAUACUACGUGACUUUCAUGUCAACUGUGAAAAAGAUGGAAACUCCUUGGCCCAACAAAGCAGCCUAUACAUUCGACGCAUUCCUGAAGGACAUGGAAUCAGCUUGGGAAAUGGGAUUCCUCGUCAGCUCCUGGCUUUUGCCCAUGAUUCUGUCCAGUGACGAAGAAUUGCCGAACUUCGAUGAUAUGAAGGAAGAACAAUUUGAAGAGUUCUUUGAUGACCACGCAGAAAAAAUGCACCGCGGUGUGAACGAAAUAGCUGCAGACAGGAUCAUGGGAUUGCUGGAAUUUGCAGUACAAAAGGGGAUAAUUUAAAAUGGACUCUUUCACGACGAAAUUCUUGAAAUCCAAGUUUUGUAUCGAACCGAGGGCAUUCAGAUCGCGGAAAUCCAAAUCGAUUUUUCAGCAUCAUGAAAUCGAAUGAAUGUUCACCGAGACAAAUAUAUCGCGAAUAAGUCUAAAAAUGAAAAUUCUCCGCAAUACUCGGAGUGCCGAUGACCGUUUUUCACUCGAAUAUAGAACGCCGUUCGCAAAAAUUGCCUCUUGAAAAUAUGUCUGCGUCUCCAAUACAUUAAAUAUGGCAUCUGAGAGUUGCAAAAAAAGGAAGUGAUUGCAACUGAUAUUAACUCAGAAGUUUAAAUAUUAAUUUAGAUAACUUUAGAACAACUUAUGAUUACUAUUUUUCUCAGAUUAAAAGCUGGUUAUCCUAUUCAUCAGCAAAGUCGUCAUAGAUUUUUGCACAGCAUGCCGUAUUUACUCGAGUACCCCGCAUGUCUUUUCUCUCAAAAUUGAGAAAAAAAGGGGGACGCGUCAGGUAGUUGAGGGAUACAUUUUCAAAAAAAAUUCUGAAAGUUUAGGCGUGCUUUACACUUGGACGUAAACAUUUUUCGAAAUAACUCAUCACCCAUACCAAUUAACAACUGAAUUCAGGUUUUAUUCGUGUUCAAAUUUUAAUCCUGGUGCCUCUUGUUCCGAAAAUAAUUUGUCAGUCACUAAAAAUGCGAUGCAUGUCUUACUUGGGAUUAGACUUUCUUCUAAGAUUUGAGGGUUAAAAAUUUGGGCGCGCGGUACCCGAGUCAUUACGAUAAAUACAAAACCAAUUAAUAGAAAAAUAAAUAUUCUGCCAUAGGAAAAUGAAUAUCCUGAUUCUUACUUCGCACGACUAACCCUUCGUUUUUUCGCUUUAAAUAUCUCUGAACAAAUUCUUAAUGUCUCCUAUGAAUAGAUGGUUAUAUUUUCACGGCGAGAAAAUAUAGCAAGACUCUCAUGAAUAUUAUGCAGCAUAUGUGGUUUCAGACGAGCUAUGAACAUAUUUCUUACAUUUUAAGGAAAAUAUGAGGCAUAGAAGCGCGUCCACAAAUGUUAAAGCAUUAUUUCCUUCCGAGCAAAAACGCGAUGGAAUUUCGUCAAAUAAUUUAUUAUGACUGAUUUUUACAUUUGAGUGAAUGCGGUAAACAGAAGAGAACGCGUUUAUAGAAAGAGAAUAGACAAAAGAAACGUAAUCGAAAAUACGAAGAAAGCUUUCAAAAACGCCCGGCUCUCUUGAUGUUCCUGACGGUCAAUGGGUUCACGAUGUCAUUCAUAUCAUCUCUUCGAAGACAUCGUUUCUGUUGACAUGUUCCACCAGGACUACCACUCAUUUUGGAGGACGAUCUUCUUGAACCACCUUUGGGAUAAUCAGACUUUUGGGGAUGAAUGGCUGGAAUCGGCUGGAACUUAGACACGAAGGCCUCUCGGGCUCGCAACAAGCAUUCGCGGGACUUCCUCAGAGAUUUAAGCAACUGGGCUUGUUCAGUUUCCAAUAAACCGCGAAGUUCGGGUUUGUUGGCAGUGUUGGUCAACUUGAGGAGUUGCAUCAGCCGGGGAUUGGAUUCUUCGCUGCUGGCAAUGAAGGAGUCCACUGCUCGAAGCAGAUUCCCUGCAAUAGCUUCCUUGGAGCAGAACGAGGCGAGAAUCCAGUCAAUGCUCAUGACAGCUUUGCAAAAUGCGUCGUCAGAAACCUGGGUUCAGAAAGCGAAAAAUUGCGAAUAUGAUGAGUGCAUGGGUCAUCGCAAUACAGCAGUACUUGACGAAAUUGUGCCUUCUGACUGCCGCAAUAUGACGGACAAUCGAUUUCACAACUGUGCAUUAAUACAAUA